GGUGCUAGUGGGUGGUCUCCACUAAAAGGAGGUGGAAGUGAUGAUGCAACCAAGAGGCACCUUCAUCUGAAGGCGUACAUGUCGCCAUGGGAGAAGGCCAUGAAGGGUGAUGAGAUUCUGAUAGCCACUCUCAAAGCGGGAAUGCCCGGCCCGACUGAGCACAAGGAUCUGCCCAAGUACAGAAGCUUCAACAGGUUUGCCAUGCCCUUCGGCGGCUUCGAGAAGGCCAACCAGUUUCUGAAAUUCCAGCUGCCAGAAUCCGAGGCGACCAAACCGGAGCCUGAACCCGCAGUGGUGUACCAACAAGACAUCGGCUGCCGGCCUUCCUUCAACCGCACUCCUAUUGGCUGGGUGGGCAGCAGCGAGCCCAGCAGCAUUCACAUGGAGAACGAUGUUGUGCCCUUUGAUGGAGAGACCGACGAGCUGUGAAAAGAUAUUCAUACUGUGAAUACACUCACUGUGCACACACAAAUACACACACACGCAGGCAUGAAUGCAUGCACACAUGUUAGCAUGCACACACAUGAUAGAUGAGCUUACAGUUCACUGUUAUAUUGAUGAAUUUGAAUCUCUCAAUGUGGAUAUCUGAAAGCGUACAAGAUGUAUUUGGUUGUAGGGAAAAGAAACAAGUUUAGGUCUUACAGGGAGAUGAAACAUCAGACGUCUAUUUAUUAAGUUCACAAGUGGAGUCUAAUAACUCUAUAAUUUGUCAGAAAAGUUUUUGUUCUCGGUGAGAAGUUGCAGAUUUUGUUGAUGAGGAAAGAAUGAAUCAUGUAUGAAGGAUAGAUUUAUGCUAUAUUACUGCUGCGCAUGCUGUCUCUAUGUCAACUUGUUACGAUAUUUGUUUUUACCCAGUGCCUUUUUUGUUGUUAAGACUCUCUGAUCUUUUGUUGGGCAAUGAAAACGUUGAUAACCUGUCGAAUUCAGGAUGCAUGCAUAGUCAGUUGCUCAUUCAUCAAUCAACCAUUUCUCCACAAUAAAUCAUUUAAAAUGAAUAAUGUAACACCAUAAAAAUAAACCAUGUAUCAAUCCUCUUGCAGA